UAUCAUGGAAAAAAUAACGCCAUCGUAUAAAAGAACUUUCCCAAAUUCCAACAGCUGAUGAGAGAAAAAUCUACUUUAAAUCAUUGUACAUAUUUUAUUUAUCAUAUUAAAUACUACGUGCAAGAAGACUAGAGGUCUUCUUGAAUACGUGGAACUAGAGUGGGUAUAAGUAGAAAGUGGUGCCAUCGAUGGACUGUCUACUCAGAAGUAUACCAACAUUAAGUAGAACAAAGAUCAAAUAUUUAUCAUUAAAAUAACUGAUAAAUAAUUAAUGAAGUAGCGAAAAAUAAUAAAAUGGCGAACAUUGUAGCUGGUAGAAUUGCUCUUGUUACAGGUGGUGGAAGUGGUAUUGGCAAAUCAACAUGUCGUAUUUUGGCAAAACAAGGAGCAAGUGUUAUUGUUGCUGAUAAAAAUUUAUCAUCAGCUGAAGAAACAGUAUCAGAAUUAUUUGGUUCAAAUCAUCUACCACUUGAACUGGACGUUUCAAACAGUACAAGUGUUAAUAAUGCUUUUGAAAAUACAAUUAAAAAAUUUACAAAACCACCGUCUAUAUUAAUUAAUUCUGCUGGAAUAACAAGAGAAAAUUUUAUACUAAAAAUGAGUGAAAAUGAUUUUGAUAAUGUUAUUAAUGUUAAUUUAAAAGGAACAUUUCUUUUAACAAAAAUAGGAGUUAAUUUAAUGAUAGAAUCAAAAAUAAAAAAUGGAUCUGUUAUUAAUAUUUCAUCAAUUAUUGGAAAAAAUGGAAAUAAAGGUCAAGCAAAUUAUGCAGCAUCAAAAGCUGGAGUUAUUGCAUUUACUAAAACAGCUGCUAUGGAAUUUGGAAAACAUGGAGUAAGAGUUAAUGCAAUUCUUCCUGGAAUGAUAUCAACACCAAUGAUUGAUACAAUACCAGAAAAAGUUAUGAAAAUGCUACAUCCACGAAUUUCACUUGGACGAGUUGGACAACCAGAUGAAGUUGCUGAAUUGGCAUUAUUUUUAGCAUCUGAUAAAAGUUCAUAUAUCACUGGUGCCUCAAUUGAAAUAACAGGAGGAUUUUUUUAGUUGAAAUAUAGAAAAUUAUUUUGUAAAAUAAUAUAUUUUUGGCUACGUAGUUUUUUUUUUAUUGAGUUGAAUAAAAAAAAUGCAAGAAAGA